AUGUCAAAUUUAUAUCCACUUGACGUCAAUGGAAUUGACUACAAAUACAUUGCAAGAGAUUUCCACCUUCAACCAGAGAACUUGGUUAAAAAGUAUGGAACCAAAGGAGGUGUUCAUUUCGUUGCCAAGAUCUUAGAGCACUCAAAAGAAGACUUGGAAAAGGCUAUCAGAGGUGAAGCUAGAACAUGGGAAGAUAAUUCUAGAUCUAUCGCAAACUUUGUAACGGCCACUGCAUGUUUUGUUCCAGUUAUUGGACCAGCAGUAUCUGCUUUUUUCGAUUUAAUAUUUGGUAUAACUUUUGAAUUUAUCAAAGAUGAUAAAAAAAUAAAACCUCAAGAAGCAGUUGAGGAUAAGAUUAAGAAAGCUUUGGUUGAAUUCUUUAAUGGUUUGACUUCAGGUAAAGUUGACGAUGUCAAAACAGCUUUGGGUCAAUUGGAAGUUAAAACUGCCAAUUUAGCAGCAAAUAAGGGUAGUACUCAGAAUAUUGCAAACUUUACCUCCCAAUACAAUAUUCUUUAUGCACAGAUCAGUAGUUUGUUCAAUCAAAUAAUAAAUCAAUCAGCGGAAAUGAGAACAAACACUUUAUCAAUGUUCAAAGAAGCAGUUCUGAUCUUCAUGAGCAGAGUCAUGUCAUUGAUUGGUUUGAGAACUAGACUUGGAUUGACUCCAGAAUUCGUGAAAGAUACUUUAGGUCUUCAUGUUGAUAUCACACAAUUCCUUUAUAUCAAACAUCUGCAUGCUGAAUACCAAAAUAAAUUAAAUGCAUUUGAUAAAACCGCAGAUAUUGUUGGAUAUUUCCAGACAAGAAAUAAAAUACUGGAAAGUGUUGAUGGUGUUUGGAUUGAUAAUCCUGUUGUCUACUAUACUGUUGAGUAUAAUCCAAAUACGAAUAACCCCUAUAAUCCAGUUAUUGAUAUUCUAAAGCAGAUAAGAGGUGACACAAGAAACUUGUCUUAUGCUGGAAAAUUAGUUAAGAUAGUUGGUGGAUUAAAUGCUGAUGGUGAGGUCGUUAACUUUAAAUGUGUGAACGAUUAUCAAAAAUCAACAUCGAAAUUCACUCUAGCUUCUGGAGAGGAAAAGUCUCAAAAAGAUUUGGCAUUGGUCGCAGGAACUGUUUAUUCAUCAGUAACAGUUGGAAUGGAUUCUGGUAAGGGAUCUUUCCAAAUUGGAGAUCUCAAGAUGACCGGUACUGAAAUUUUCUUCACCAAGAAAAUAAACAUGAGCUAUACAGAAGAUGAAUUGAAAGAAAAGAGAUUGGUCCAAGUUGGUCUUGUUAGACUUAGUCUUCUUGGUGGUUUUUAUACACUCUUUUCCGGAAUCGUAGAUAGACUUGCAAAUAGUAUUAAUGUACUCUAUUCAUCAACUGCAACUGUUAUUGGUCCAGUUAAAUAUUCUAAAGAGUCUCAUACAUAUACUAACUUUGAUGAUGUAUUUAUUGGAUGGAACUCUGUAACCAUUAACAAAGGAGGUUUCCUUGAAUUUAAUCUUGACCCUAUCCAAAAUGACAUUACUAAAUACGAUGUAUUUGCCAGAGUCACCUCUGGUACCUAUGGUCCCGAUCUUACUCCGAAUUUCGAUGUAUACUUGACUAGAGCCAAGGAAAAGGCUAAUAAUAAUUCUCUUAAACUUCUUCAAUUCUUCAAGGUUGUAAGUGGAUCCAAUGAAAAAACAGAGAUUACAGUCACCAAGAAUCAAGCAGCUACCUCUGAAAAGUAUUCAGUUGAAGAGACUUUCCGUCAUAAAACAAUUCAAAUUGGUUCAGUCAACUUCAAUACUCCUGCCAAAAAUACCAUCAAGCUUGCCAAUACCGGAGAUUACAGCUUCAUUCUUGAGGCACUCAUCUUCAGACCCAUCCUUCCAGCUCCACAAGCUUAA